AUAAUUUUAACGAGGCAAGAAGUUACUCAUUGCAAAACCAAAGUGAAAGUAGAGCCCUGACAGCUGAAUGCAGUGGAGGAAUUUCAUGGGGAGCAGAGUUGAGAGAAGCUCCACCUUAGUGGAGCUCAUCUGUCAAUCAUAUCACACACCAGGAUUUGGGACGCGGAAGUCAGUGGCUGUGGUUGUUUUCCUCCCCUCCCUCCCUCCCUCCCUUGCAUUGCAUUGCAUUGCAUUGCAAUCGUUCUUCCUUUUCCUUGUGUUUCUGUCUGGCAGGAGGGAAUUGCAGGAAGAGAAUCCGACCUUUCCUUUUCUCUUAUCUGCUUUGCAGAGUGGUUCUCUUGCUGGAGGCAGACAGACAGACACACACAGACACAGACACAGACAGACAGACACAGACACAGACAGACACAGCUUGUGGAUUGCGAGUUGAAAAUCAAAGCGUCUCGUCAGUGUAUCAGACUGACCUCCUAGCAAAUCAAGAGAUCAGAAGUCUUCAGACAACGUCGUACAAUGCAACAUUUCUGGUUUAUUCUUUUCCUAGUUGGAUCUGGAUUCCUGGGUUGCUGUUGCAAUAACUUAAAUACUUCAGAGGUUAGGCUACUUCUGGUGUCCUUUGAUGGCUUCAGAGCAGAUUACAUUCAACGCUACAGCUUUCCAAAUCUUCAGAAAAUAAUCGCUGAUGGAGUCUACGUUGAUCAUUUAAAAAAUGUAUUUGUUACCAAAACCUUCCCAAAUCAUUACUCCCUUGUCACAGGCCGCUACGCGGAGAGCCACGGUAUUGUAGCCAAUGACAUGUAUGACGCAGCCACCCACAAGAACUUUUCAGUGUAUGGAGGAAGAGUUCAUGAUUCAUUUUGGUGGGAUGAGGCCACUCCAAUUUGGGUGAGUAAUGAACAGCAAGGACACAAGAGCGGUGCAUCAAUGUGGCCUGGUACCGAUGUGGCGAUAAAUAAUACAGUCCCUUCCUGUUACAUGAAGUAUGACCAUAAUAUUUCAUUUAAUGAACGUGUUGACCAUAUUAUAAACUGCUUUACCAACUCAUCUGAACCCAUCAACUUUGGUACCUUGUACUGGGAAGAGCCAGACGCCAGUGGACAUCGUUAUGGACCAGACAGUCCGCAAAUGAAUGAUGUGUUCAAACAAACGGAUAACCACAUUGGCUAUUUGAUAGAUCAACUUAACAAGAAUGGACUCUGGAAUACAAUUAACAUGAUUAUAACCAGUGAUCAUGGAAUGACCCAGCUUUCUGAAAAAUUAGUUAUCAGGCUUGAUAAAUGUCUUCAACGUGAAUACUAUAAUUGGGUGACUCUAUCGCCAGUUGCAUCUAUAUUGCCUCUUAAAAAUACAAGUUAUGUCUAUGAAAAGUUAGCAAAGUGUGAUCCUCACAUGAAGGCAUAUUUAAAAGAAGAUAUCCCAGAUCGUUUUCAUUACAAGUACAAUGAAAGAAUUCAGCCCAUCAUUCUUAUUGCUGAGGAAGGAUGGACCAUUGUUCAGAAUGGAACCAUUUAUAUGUUGGGUGACCAUGGUUAUGAUAAUGACUUACCCAGUAUGCAUCCCCUUUUGGUAGCCCAUGGACCAGCUUUUCGAAAGGGUUACAAAACCAAUACGAUCGACAGUAUUGAUGUCUACCCAUUGAUGUGCCACAUCCUGGGACUGAAGGAGGAGUCUAACAAUGGAACAUUUGCACAUGUGAGGUGUUUAUUGGUGAAAGAGCUGUGCAUUAACUUACCUGAUGUGAUUGGCAUUGUGAUCGGUUCCUUAAUGGUACUGGUAACUUUGCUGUGCCUUAUACUACUAAUGAAAAGGAGGGUGUCCCCCACACGUCCAUUUUCUCGUCUCCAGUUACAAGAUGAUGAUGACGACGAUGAUCCAUUAAUAGACUAGACUAAACCUACAAGUGUGGAACACCUUGUAUAGCUGGUGAUAGUGGAAUCUCUGCAUUGUUUUAAUGAUGGGAGAAAGGCUUUGAAGUUUAUUUUUAAAUUAAAAAUAUGUAAAUAUCAGCUAUUAACAGAAAGUGUGGUUGCCUAUCUUGUAGUUCUUGUUUAUUCUCUGUUUUUUCCUAACAUGGAAAAUGUCUAAAAGAUCCCUGCACUUUUGAGUUCAUCGUAUAGGUUCAUAUGUUGCCCGUUUCCAUCUAUGCAAAUAUUCUAUAUAAACUAUAAUAGGUGGCUGAGUGCACACUAAUUAAAGCAUUGUAAAGAAUAAUUCCUAAAGAUUUUGAAGGGGGUGAGGAAAUAAAGUACAUAACGUGUCCCAUCUCAAUGAGAAAGGGAAUAACUAUCAGAGAGAGAGGAUGAAGGUCGAGGGAAGAAACCACAAAUCCUUUAUCCCCAUAUCCUAAAGGUGGAUGUUACUGAGUACACUGGGUGUGAGUGAGGUAUGUGAAGGAUGAGGAUCCUACGAGGGUCAAGUUAUUCAAUGUUUUUAUUACUACAAUAAUGUUUGAUGUCAGCAUUGUGUUGUGUGAGAUAAGGACUGACCUAGGAGCUUGACAUAUCCAUAGACUUGUCAGGAGAAUCUAAUCCUAACAUAUCACUCGUCUAUAUUUAGUUUUGUUCUGGAAUGCAACCUCAGGAUCGUCUGACCUUAGAAGCUAUAAAUAAAGUCCCGAGAGCACAUACUGUCAAAGAAACUGAUAUACCAAAAUUAUGUAGCAAUAGGUGACCAAACUCUUUAUAAAUAUAUUUAUAAAAGUGGGUUGUUUUCAUUUUGCACAUGAAGUUAGAGAACUGAAACCUCACUAUAUCUGCAUGCCUCAGUAGUUUUCUCUGGUCUCUAGUGUUCAGGAUUACUGUGACCCUUUAAUUUGUGAUGUCUGAAUGCUAUGUAAUCAUGUGACACUUGUGAUCAGACAGUGAGGUUUCAUAAUGUAAAAUGGUUGUGUAUGCUUUCUGCUGUUUUAAACAUUCACAUAAACAACUUCUGAAUGCGAUCAGCACAAUUUAGCAUUUUACCUGUAAACCUAUAAAUGCAGCCUUUCAUUAUUGGUUAGUUGUAUCUCAGUGGUACUGUACUUGAUAAGGGAUUCUCAUUUUAAUCUUUUUUAAUUAGUAUAUAGCAUUCUCUCUCACUCUUCCUCCAAACCAACUGAAAUUGUGUUGUAAAAUGUGAGAAAACUAGACCAUCAAAUGAUGUACUAUUUCUAAAUGUACAUGUGGAAUUAACACCACCACUGGUUAUUUGUCCUUGUCAAAAUAAGAAAAACAGACAUUGCUAAAAUGACUGGUUGUCAUACGUACAGAGGCUAUUACUCUAUUUUCAUCAGGUUUCUUGGUGUGCAGUUGAGACUAUUUUAUUGAAAGUGAGUUCACAUUUAUUCAUAUUCAUUAUUUUUGGUGCAUGUUAAUGGAAUUGUGGGAAAGGUGGGGUUUAACUUUAUCUUUAUUUUACAGGGUAAUGCUUUAAACCAUUUUGGGGUAUGGGGGCAGGGAGAUUUUUGGUCUAAAACUCUAGUUAAUUUAAAAUUAUUGUCUAAGUAAUUAACAGGAUCAGAUCUUAAAGUUUAUAUUUAAAAUUUCAGUGGACUACGGCCUGCUGUCUGCUGGUUUUAUAAUCAAAUUGCGCAUUGUUCAUGGUUGUACAUUUGCACUUUUUAUGGAUUGUAAUAUAUCGCUUCAUUCGUUGGUCAUAAGUUCUUGUUUGGUUUGUGUGUGUAAUAAAUUGUUUUCCUUUUA